AUGGGGGGGUGGGCCCUGCAGAUCUACCCCGAGGGGCGUCCCGUGGUGGCCAAUAUCAAGCCCCUCUUUGACCGGCUGCUGAUUUUCUGGUCGGACCGACUCAACCCCCACGAGGUGAAGCCGGCCUAUGCCACGAGGUACGCCAUCACCCUCUGGUAUUUCGACGCCAAGGAGCGUGCGGAAGCCAAAGGCAAAUACCAUCUGGCCUCAGGGGAGAAGGGGAUGCAGGUGCCCAUAUCCCAAGUGAGUGGCACCAGCUGACGGCUUGCCGGACGCCGGAGUCCACACGGAUGCGGAGACAGCCGGGGGGCCUGGCCCUGAGCUAAGCGAGCGCUAUGGGCCUGUCUACACCCUCCACCUGGGCUCCCGGCGGGUGGUGGUGCUGUGCGGCUACCAGGCGGUGAAGGAGGCCCUGGUGGACCAGGCUGAGGCCUUCAGCGGGCGCGGGGAU